UUUCGAUGGUUUAAGAAAAGCUCCUACCCGACAUCACGCCUCUCAAUUAACCAAGACUUCUCUAAGCUAUCGCCCUCUCCCCUCAGAUCAGUUCACAAUGAAGAUUCGAGCUUCCCGAAUAUCGGACUCCAUCCUAAUCGCCGUGUCGAGCGAGGAGCCCGAUCCAACACAUCAAAAGAUCUCUCGCAGCAAAAGACUUCUGAAGCUCAUCUUUGCUUUCUUUUCUCUGUUCAAACUUCUGCUUACUCGUUACCGUCGCCCCGAGUUCCGUUCCCUCCGAAAAGACGUCUGGCGUUUGGACGAACGGGAAUACCUCGCUUCCUUCCAGCAGAAUGACUCCAACGAGUCCACAGGAGAAGAAGAGAGGGAGCAGCAGCAAUCAGAGCCAUCAGAUCAUGGCAAGGGCAAGGGCAAGGGAAGACAAACCGCCCGGCUCGAGCCCAUGGGCGACCUAGGCUACAGCGGCUCGACCUUCUUCACGACCCCGAACGGGAAAUACCUCAUCAAGUCCCUGCCCCGGCGGUUCGAAUACAAGUUCUUCACCGAGGACCUCCUGGACCCAUACGUCCACCACAUGCGCGCCAACCCGCGCAGCCUCCUCGUCCGCAUCACCGACGUGGUCCACGCGCCGCACCCGACCCUGGGCGGCCUCCUCGGCAUCGCCCCGACCCACCACAUCAUCAUGGAGAACCUCCUGUACGGCCGGGACGCCGAGGGCGGCCGCUUCAGCAACAAGUGGGAGACGUACGACCUCAAGCCCAACGACUACUUCUUCCCCGAGCGCGACAUCGCCGACGGCCGCCUCGCGCCCGAGAGCGUCAAGGACAAGCUCGUCGACGAGUUCCACGACCGCGUCAGGGUCAGCGCGGCGGACAAGCGCGAGCUCGUUCGUCUUCUCGAGGCGGAUACCCGGCUCCUUGCCGACCGUGACGCUAUCGACUAUUCCCUCUUUUUGGUCCGGUACCCGGGGCCUCGCGCGGCGACGGACGAUGGGGCGGAUGGUGCCGUGCCGCAGAAUGUGCCUUUCAUCGAGUCGGACGCCUCCGCCUGGCGCACCGGCUUGGUGGAUGCGGACGGGAAGUGGACGUACCGCGUCGUGGUGCUCGAUUUCUUCUGGGCCAGGCAUACGUUUCGCGCGUGGGCGCUGACGGGGCUGGUCAAGUCGUUCAAUAAGGUUGCUCAUAAGGGGCCCAUGAGCAUCACUGCAAAUCCGACCGACUAUAGGAAGCGGUUUCUGAAGAUGAUUGAUGAUAUUGUUAUCGACGUUUGAUUGGUAUGAAAGAGGACGUGAGGUGUCGAUUUUGUGUUUGGGCAAGGUGCCUGGUUCGCAGUUUGUCUUUGUCCGAGGAUACCCCUAUUGUAGAUAAUGACCUUUCACAACCAUUCAACAGUCCCUGCAUAUGCCCGAAGAUUUCUGCCAAUCCUUCCAAGUCUUAGGUGAGCUUAUUCCCCUUUUGUGUCGUUCAUCUCGGCAGCCUCUUGCGCCUGGACGCUGAGAGAGCCUCUUUUUGGAGGCCCUCCGGCAUGAGCACGGGUCUAUCAAUGACGGAUAAAAGGGUAAAGUGAGCCCAGGUUUCAGAAUUCAGGGGGCCAAACUGCAUGAAAGAGGACGGUUGAACUUGGGGGGGAUAUUUACCUGCUGCGCCA